GCAACUCUCUCACAUCAGUUGACGUGUUGACAAAUGCAAACCGAAUCAAUUUUUCUGAAAAGCAACGUCGCGAAAUAUUUUUAUUUUUUGCCAUAAUAUUUCCAUAAACCUAUAUGUAAUUGUUAAACGAUAAAUAUUAUUAAAUUUUUAAGAUGAAUAAUUAAAAGAAAACGCAUUAAAUGAUUUGACAAAUAGCUCAAGUUCAACAAACCAAAAAAAAUAUAUAUAUAUAAAAAUACCGGACCCGCUGUCUUUGCAGUUUACUAAUUAUUGGAAAAUUAUAUCAAAUUAAUAUUCUGACUUAAAUUUAUUCGUUCAUACCCCUACAUUAAUAACAACAAUUAUAUGCAACUCUUAUAUACAUCAUAAUGCGGCUGAAGCAAUUAUUUGUUUUAUGUGUGUGUCUGUUGGGCUAUAGUUAUGCGGACGAACACACACAUCAGUACAAAGAUCGAGAAGAAGUGGUACUGUGGAUGAACACUGUAGGUCCGUACCAUAAUCGACAAGAAACAUAUGCCUACUUUUCACUGCCUUUUUGCAGUGGAUCUAAAUCGAGCAUAUCACAUUAUCAUGAGACAUUAAGUGAGGCUUUGCAAGGCGUUGAGUUGGAAUUUAGUGGAUAUGAAAUGGAGUUUAAGAUUGACGUACCCACUACAGUAAUUUGUAUGGUUGAUUUGACUGAUGAUAAGGUAAAAGCAUUCACAUAUGCUGUUAUGAAUGAGUAUUGGUACCAGAUGUAUAUUGAUGGUCUACCGAUUUGGGGCAAAGUGGGUGAAAAAGAAGAACAGAAUGGAAAAUAUUAUAUAUACACGCACAAAAAAUUCGAAAUUGGCUAUAAUGGCCAACAAAUAGUCGAUAUCAAUUUAACAACUGCAGAGAAAAAAUUGCUCAAAACAGGCGAAAAAAUAAAAUUCUCUUAUGAAGUCAACUGGAAGCCAAGCAGUGUGUCCUUUAAAGAUCGUUUUGAUAAAUACUUAGAUCCUAAAUUCUUUCAACAUAGGAUACAUUGGUUCAGCAUUUUUAAUAGUUUUAUGAUGGUUAUUUUCUUGGUUGGAUUGGUUUCAAUGAUACUCAUGCGUACUUUGCGUAAAGAUUACGCACGAUAUAGCAAAGACGAAGAAAUGGAUGAUAUGGAACGCGAUUUGGGUGAUGAAUAUGGUUGGAAGCAAGUGCAUGGUGAUGUUUUUCGUUCUCCACCACAUGCACUUUUAUUUUCCGCAAUGGUUGGCGCUGGUUAUCAACUUAUAUCUGUGGUAUUUUGCGUUAUAAUGUUUGCUAUAGUAGGCGAAUUAUAUACAGAACGGGGUUCAAUGUUAUCGACGGCAAUAUUUGUUUAUGCUGCAACAUCGCCUAUCAAUGGUUAUUUUGGUGGUUCACUAUAUGCGCGUCUUGGUGGUCGCAUGUGGAUACGACAAAUGUUGGUGUCUGCCUUUAUGGUGCCUGUAUUUGUGUGUGGCACAGCAUUUUUCAUUAAUUUCAUAGCUAUUGGCUAUCAUGCUUCGCGUGCCAUUCCAUUUGGUACUAUGGUUGCGGUUACUUGUAUUUGCAUCUUUGUCAUUCUGCCAUUAACUUUGGUUGGUACAGUUGUCGGCCGUAAUUUAGAUGGACAGCCGGACUAUCCAUGCCGUGUAAAUGCGGUACCAAGGCCAAUACCCGAAAAGAAAUGGUUUAUGGAACCUGCAAUUAUUAUUUUACUGGGUGGUGUGUUGCCAUUUGGUUCAAUAUUUAUUGAAAUGUACUUUAUUUUUACUUCGUUUUGGGCAUAUAAAAUAUAUUAUGUUUAUGGAUUUAUGCUUUUGGUCUUCUCGAUAUUAACUAUAGUUACAGUCUGUGUAACUAUUGUCUGCACAUAUUUCUUGCUGAAUGCAGAGGAUUAUCGAUGGCAAUGGACUAGUUUUAUGUCUGCUGCAUCAACGUCUAUUUAUGUAUAUGCUUACUCCUUUUACUAUUUCUUCUUUAAAACGAAAAUGUAUGGACUUUUUCAAACGGCUUUCUACUUCGGCUAUAUGGCUUUGUUCAGCGGUGCAUUAGGAAUAAUUUGUGGUACGGUGGGCUAUGUGGGCACAAGUUAUUUUGUAAGAAAAAUCUAUUCCAAUGUAAAAAUAGACUAAAUAACUCAAAGAAAUAUAUUUAUUUGAAAUGUUUAUUUUAUUUGUGUAACUAAAAAGCUAAACCAACAUUUAAUUGCUAUUAAUUGCAAAAGUGCAAAUUUAUUUUAUGUUUAGAGUUUGCUUGAAUUGUAAUAUGUGUAACAUUUGUGUUCUAUAUUUUCCUGUUUUAUUAUUGUCUACUAUUUUUUAUAAAUAUGUAGUUAUACUGCGCUUAAUUGUAAUUUAUUGAAUAUACUCCAUGACAUAUAUAUGUGUCAUAGUAUUUUCAUAGUAAUAAAUCUAUAUCAAUUAUUUAGUAUAUGUAUAAAAAUUUUAAUUAAUAUAUAAUCUAUUACGAUUGGCAAUAUAAGUUAGUAUUGUUUGUUUUGUAUCUCAUUUUGUAUAAUUUGUUUAACAAAUAGUAUAUAUUUUUUACAGUUGCAAUAUUUUGCAUAUUUAACUUAACCUUGAAUAGUUCACAGUUGUACUGUUUGUAAAAGCGAAAAGCUCCAAUUUUUGGUAUCCAAACUACUAAGAUAAUUAUUUGUACUUCUUUGUUAUGAACGGUACUCACUGUACUUACCUUUCUAAAUAAAUAUAUAACAUAUAGAACAUAGAAGCCAAUUUUUAGUAGUACAACUUUUGUUGUAGUAUCGAUUCGUCGUACUACUUGAUGUAAACGAAUUAAUUAAUAUAUUUAUAUAAAUUGUAAUGUAAAUUUAUUAACUUAAAUAAUAAACGAUAAGAAUUUAUGAAGCUAAA